CCAUGAUUUAGCAACCUUUGUUCCUUUCAAAUCUCAUUCUUCAUUCACAAGGGUAUUCCAAAGUCUGUUCCUCUUUCCAUUUGGUUUGAGCAUGGCCAUGCCCAUGGAGUGCAAGAGGAGAAAGAAGGAAUAUUCAGAAUCAAACAUCAUGAACAGAGCUUCAUCUUUUCCUGAUGAAGUGUUGGAACGAGUUCUUGGCAUGUUGAAAUCACGCAAAGAUAGAAGUUCCGUUUCUUUGGUGUGUAAGGAGUGGUACAACGCUGAGAGAUGGUCAAGAAGGAAUGUGUUCAUAGGGAACUGUUAUUCUGUGUCUCCUGAGAUCUUGACACGUAGGUUCCCAAACAUACGCAGUGUUACUCUUAAAGGGAAGCCUCGUUUCUCUGAUUUCAACUUGGUUCCUGCUAAUUGGGGUGCUGAUAUUCAUUCAUGGCUUGUGGUGUUUGCUGAGAAGUACCCUUUGCUUGAGGAGUUGAGGCUUAAGAGGAUGGCUGUUACUGAUGAAAGCUUGGAGUUUUUGGCUCUUUCCUUUCCCAAUUUUAAAUCCCUUUCCCUUCUCAGUUGUGAUGGAUUCAGCACUGAUGGGUUGGCUGCAAUUGCCACUAAUUGCAAGAAUUUAACUGAGCUUGACAUACAAGAGAACGGUAUUGAGGAUAAAAGUGGCAAUUGGUUGAGUUGUUUCCCUGAAAGCUUCACAUCAUUGGAAGUAAUGAACUUUGCCAACCUGCACAAUGAUGUAAAUUUUGAUGCACUUGAGAAACUUGUUAGUAGGUGCAAAUCGUUAAAAACUUUGAAGGUUAAUAAAAGUGUAACACUGGAACAGUUACAAAGGCUACUUAUUCGUGCUCCCCAGUUGGGUGAGCUUGGUACUGGUUCAUUUUCGCAAGAGCUGACAGCACAGCAGUACUCAGAUCUUGAAAGUGCAUUCAAUAAUUGUAAAAAUCUUCACACGCUUUCGGGUUUAUGGGAGGCUACACAAUAUCUCCCAGUUCUGUACUCUGCUUGCACAAAUCUAUCCUUCUUGAAUUUUAGCUAUGCUCCUCUUGAUAGUGAUGAUCUUGCUAAGCUUCUCGUUCACUGUCCUAAGCUUAAGCGCCUCUGGGUUCUGGACACAGUCGAAGACAAGGGGCUAGAAGCUGUUGGAUCACAUUGUCCAUUGCUUGAGGAACUGCGCGUUUUUCCAGAAGAUCCCUUUGAUGAGGGCGUUGCUCAUGGGGUCACUGAAUCAGGGUUUAUUGCAGUCUCCCAAGGAUGCCGGAGACUUCACUAUGUUCUCUACUUUUGCCGUCAGAUGACCAAUGCUGCUGUUGCUACUGUUGUGCAAAACUGCCCUGACUUUACUCAUUUCAGACUGUGCAUCAUGAACCCUCGUCAGCCAGAUUACUUGACACAUGAUUCUAUGGAUGAGGCUUUUGGAGCAGUUGUUAAGACUUGCACUAAACUCCAGAGGCUUGCAGUAUCGGGUCAUCUGACUGACCUAACGUUUGAGUACAUCGGGAGGUAUGCCAAAAACUUGGAAACUCUUUCAGUGGCUUUUGCUGGAAGCAGUGAUUGGGGCAUGCAGUGUGUGCUUGAAGGCUGUCCAAAGCUGAGAAAACUCGAGAUAAGGGACUGCCCAUUUGGCAAUGCAGCACUUCUUUCAGGUUUGGAGAAGUAUGAGUCAAUGAGGUCACUGUGGAUGUCAGCCUGCAGAGUGACAAUGAAUGGCUGUAGAUUGUUGGCAAAAGAAAUGCCUAGAUUGAAUGUUGAAGUAAUAAAGGAAGAAGGAGCUGAUGAUAGUCAGGCUGAAAAAGUUUAUGUUUAUCGUUCUGUUGUUGGACCAAGAAGGGAUGCUCCUCCAUUUGUUCUCACUCUCUGAAAUGCUAUCUCUACUCCUACUUUGAAGCUCAAAAUGUUCUUGCCUUUGGUUGCUUCCACAGAUGGCAAAACCCAUACUGAUAAUCAAGACUCAAUAAUAUGGUAGGUGGAAGGAGGAAAGGGGGAUUCUGCAAGAGUCAAACUUCAAUCAUGUUGCCAAUGCUUGAAACCAUGCCAUUGAUUGUUAUCUUGGUACAUCAAUGCCAGGGUUAAGGAAAGGCCAGAGACACACAACAAAACCAGCUUUUUUUGACAUCUUAUAAUUGCAAUAUUUGCCUUCAUGAGUCUAGCUGGACCCACCAAGGGAAAUAAUGCAACUGUUCAUUGAAGAUGAGCAAAAAGUGAUAAGUUGCUGAGCAAUCAUUGUCUCCAAUAUCCAUAUUAUGAAAAAUCUGGUAUUGAUUGCAGACAUAAAGUUCUAUACAUCCAGAGGAUCAUGGCAGAACGAAUUUGAUGGGUGCGCAUUUGCAAAGCCAGGUCUUUGCUUAUCUAUGGCCUUUUGCUGCUUACUGAAGACAUUUUGUUGCUGAUUGAAAUAUCUACUCAGGAAAAGACAGCAUUCCCCUUCGGAUAAUGGCGGAAAUCAUGGAAAUAAAUUAGAUUAGAAACAAAAUUCAUGCUUGAUUGGAUAAAUUGUAGCAGCAAUUUUUAUUGAUAUGCAGAUCAAAUUCUUUAGACUGUGAUAAUCAAAUGAUUUUGUGAAAUAUCGAUAAUUUACUACUGGCCAAGGUUGAU